UGUUGGAAGCCCUUCCUGACUAGAGCUCCUUACCAGGCUGGGCUGUAACCUGAAGCAAAGGAGGGAGAGAGAGAGAGCAACAGAGAGAGAGAGAGAGAGAGGGUGGAAACGAUAGAGGGGGAAGAAACAAAGUCAGAGAGUGAGGGAAGGAAAGAGAGAGGGAGGGAGAAAGAGAAAGCAACAGAGGCAGAGGGAGAGAGAAAGAGGGUGAUGUCAAACCAGCUGAGCUCAGAAAGUAAACAGAGCUCCAGAGUGCAGCAUGCUUUCUGCGGUACGGGGACUGCAGCUGGGGGAAAGCCAUGGGGGGACACCUACGCUCCCUCACACCGGCACCCACCACUCCCCCGGGACCCCUGGAUCUUCCCUCUUCAUCACCCUCUUCAUCCUCAUCUCCCUGCACCAGGGGCUAGCAUGGCCCUACGACUACAAGUACCUAUAUAACCACUGUCCGGGCCCAGAGUGGAACGUCAUGUGUCGGGGCUGCUGUGAGUACGACGUGAUUCGCUGUAAGUGUCCCCUCCAGGGCACCCCCGUUGGCUACGCUGUGCCUUGCUGCCGCAACGCCCUCAACGAGUGUGACCCCUGCAUCAUCCACCCAGGUUGCAGCAUAUUUGAGAACUGUAAGCGGUGUAACAAUGGGACGUGGGGGCCCAGAGAUGAUUUCUUCGUCAAAGGGAAGUACUGUGCUGAGUGUCGACCCGGCUGGUCAGGCGGUGACUGCUUGAAGUGUGGAGGAGUGAUCCAUAAACGUCAGGGCCACAUAGUCCUGGAGAGCUACCCCACCAACGCUCGUUGUGAGUGGACUGUUCAGGUGGACCGAGCAUUCACCAUCGAUUUCAGGUUCAUGAUGCUGAGCCUGGAGUUUGACCAUUCCUGUCGCUACGACUACAUCGAGGUGCGUGAUGGUGACAGUAUCAACUCUCGUGUGAUUGGUCGGUUCUGUGGGAACAACAGGCCUGCUCCAAUCCAGAGCUCUGGCAACUCCCUACACGUCCUGUUUGUAGCCGAUGGCUAUAAGAACUUUGACGGCUUCUUCGCCACCUUCCAAGAAAGCUCAGCAUGCAGCUCCUCUCCCUGUCUCCAUGAUGGAACCUGUAUCCUGGACACGUCCCACUCCUACCACUGUGGCUGUCUGGCUGGCUACACUGGACAGAGGUGUGAGAAUGUUGUAGGGUGCAGGAGGCCCCCAAUACCUGUCCAUGGCUCCACAGAGGGGAUAUUCCAUCACUCAGGGGAGCGAGUCACGUUCCGCUGUGACCCUGGAUUCGAGCUGAGGGGGAUCCGCACCGCCAUCUGCCUCCAGGAUGGCACCUGGAGCGCCCCUGCCCCCCAGUGUGUGCCUAUGGUGAAAUUAUGUGCCAUCCCAACCAAGCCUGUCCAUGGAGACCACUUCCUAGUGUACGGGCCCAAUGAUGUCAUCAUAGCCCUGCAGUACCUGUGCUACCGGCCCUACAAGCUGAGCGGGAUGCACCAGAGGACCUGUUUGCCCAACAAGACCUGGAGCGGAACACCCCCCACAUGUGGUAAAGUGAAUAAUACACUUGCUGAACCAGGCAAAGACAAAGGAAAUGACAAAGGAAGAGAUACAGAAAAUGACAAAGAAAAAGAUGCAGAAAAAGACAAAGACACUGACAAAGACAUUGAAAAACCCAAAGACAAAGAGAUAGACUAUAAUACAGCUAUCAAAGAGGACGUGGCUGGUAAAGAUCCAGACACAGGCCUGAGGAACACAACAGUGGACGGUAGAAAAGAUGGUAAAGACAAAAACAUAGACAUUACUCUGGUUAACAUCCCAGGACGAAACGAGGAUAAAACAAGUGACAAAGAAAAAGAAACUGGGCUAGAUAAACCUACUGGAGGUACCAAGGAUAAAGUGGACAGUAAAGAAACGGAUGACAUUGUAAACACAGUGGAGGGAGAAAGAGAAAAUGACGAGGGGAAAACCACCGCAGACAUAGAUGGCAGUCCAGAUACUGGGGGAGACACAGAUGUGAUACGGGAGAUAGGAAAGACAACAGAGUUUCCUGGGAUAGUGGUGGUGGUGGUGGAAGAUAAAGGACAGGAGGAAGAGAAGAAGAAAGAGGAACCAGUAGAUAAAAGCAUUGAUCCAAACACAAUGGAUCCUAAUGACUUAAAACCUAGGGGAGAUACAUUUGCCAUAGAUUACACUGAGUUAAAACCUAGGGGAGACACAUUUGCCAUAGAUUACACUGAGUUAAAACCAAGGGGAGACACAUUUGCUGUAGAGUACACUGUUACGGAUGUGUUUGGCACCAAUGACAUAGAGCAGGGUAUGAAUACAACAAUGUCAAAAGACAUUGUGAAGAUUUUUAUUCCAACUAGAAACAACAACACACAGUUCACCCCAUAUUCAUCAGGAGGUCAGGAAACCGAGAGGCUGGUGGAAAAGCCACACAAAGAUAUAGGAGCAACUAAAGAUAUAGGCUCAACUAAAGAUACAACGGCAAGUACAAGCAAACCUGAAGAGGAAAAUACUGGAAAAGAUUCUGACAAAACGACUAAAGAGGAGUCUGAUGAUGAGAAGAGAGAAAACCAAAGCAUCAGUGAGGAGAGCUGUCCCCCUCUCCCACAGCUCUACCAUGGGUACCAGCAGGUAGUGCCAGGGCUGGUGCCAGAGACAGUGGAUUUCUUUUGUAAUCACUCCUACGCUCUGAGUGGUGACGCCAGACGCACCUGCCAGCCUGGCGGCACCUGGGGGGGCACUCAACCCCUUUGUGUGAGAGCCUGCAGAGAGCCCAAGGUCUCAGAGCUGGUCAGACAGAGAGUUCUGCCUCCACAAGCUCCAUCCAGGAAGACCCCUGUGCAUAAGCUCUACUCAUCCUCUGGGUUUGUGAAGAUGUUCCAGUCUGUCGGCCCCACCAAAGUUCCCCCAAUGCUAUCCCAGCUGCCCCAGGGGUUCCACCACCUCCACACUCACAUUGCGUACGAGUGUGCCUCUCUCUUUUACCAGCACUCAGGCAGUGCACGCCGCACCUGCCUCAAGACUGGCAAGUGGAGCGGACGUCAUGUCUCCUGUUCGCCAGUGUGUGGGAAGCAUCCCACCUUUGACCCCCAGAGCCCGGCAGAGUCCCACUGGCCCUGGCUAGCCGCCAUCUACCAACGCCCCACCAACGGAGCAGGGACCAAGAUGGACAAGAAGGCCAGCCUUGCGGGGUCACUAAAGAAGGGGACUGGAGCUGAAUCAGGUGUUGGGGCUGGAUCCCAGGGGCAGGAUGAGGCCUCAGGCUGGCAGCUGGUGUGUAGCGGGGCCCUGGUGAACCAGCGGAGUGUGGUGUUGGCAGCCCACUGUGUGACUGAGCUGGGGAAGCUGUACCCUCUGGAUGCAGCCACGGUCAAGGUGGUGAUGGGAAAACACUACCGCAGUGACCUCCGAGAGACCAAGGGCCUGCAGCAUCUCAGGGUGGCCUCCAUCUCUAUACACCCCAACUACGACCCGCUGGUUCUUGACUCAGACCUGGCAGUGAUCAAGCUGCUGGACAAGGCUCGUAUUGGGGAGAAGGUCCUGCCCCUCUGCCUACCUGACACCCAGGGUGGAGAGGUGACCUCCAGAGAAGGGUUGGUGACGGGCUGGGCCCCCAACCAGAUCCCCGGAUUGGAAGAGGAGCAGGCCAGGGUGGGUGUGCAGCAUCUGGCUGACGUGGUGCCCUGCGAGCAGCAGUAUGCCCGUAAAGGGGUGCCCGUGAGCGUCACGGACAACAUGCUCUGUGGCCGCCAGCGACCCGACUACAGCCCAUCUAACAUCUGUCCCGCGGACACAGGGGGUAUCCUGAUCCUUCCUGCCCAGACAGGCUCUGCCCAGGACCCUUCUCUUGCCUCUCCAGGGGGGCGGGACAAGUCCAAAGGGGAGUGGCGGCUGCUGGGGUUGGUGAGUUUCGGGUAUGACCAGGGAGAGUGUGACCCAGACCUGUUUACAGUGUACACACAUGUGGCCAACUUUAAAGACUGGAUAGAGAGCCAUAUGAAGUGACAUCACAAGGAUGUGACUCGCCCUGUAUCUCUCUUUUCCUCCCUCUCUUCAACCAACAAUUCCCUCUUUUUCUUCAUCAUUAUUCCCCCUCUUACUUUUAUUUGCCAACAUCUUUCUCCAUUCUCCCUCCUUCCUCCUCCCAUCUACCUGCUUCUUGUCAUACCGACGCAGGGAGUGUGAUCAGUAAAGAUCAGAGUAACACUGAACUGUACAGUGCUCUGAGCUGACUUUAGAAGGCCCUAACACAAACUGAUCAGGUAGAGAUGCCCUCCACUCAGCACAGUACUUCAGUGUUCAGGUUUUACCUUCAAUUUGGUGUUAGACUUGAAAACGACCUGAAAACCAGUUCCCUGGGAAAAGCUGGUUUUCAUUGUAUUCUUUGAUAUGUAUAUAUAAUGUAAUGUAUUAUUAUUAUGGCUUUGCACGUGGUUCAAGAGAUGUACAUAUUGUAUAGAAGGACAUAAAAGUAAUGUUGUUUUUAAUUAAAGAUAUGUGGUUGUGUGUAAAGACA